UCAUUUUCACUAUCAACAUUGUUUACGAGUCAUAAAAUAUUGUUUUCUUUUUCUUCGUUUAAAGAUACACUUUUUCCAUCCAUUUGAUAACCGAUUUAUCACUCAUUAUGGAUAUAUCGAGAGCAACGAAUGAUCGGAAACUAUAUCUUUGCAAGUGGUAUUUUCGUGUCGGAUUUGCCUUUCUACCAUUCAUCUGGGCGGUGAACACCGUUUGGUUCUUUGACGAAGCAUUCAGAAAGCCAGCAUAUGAUGAACAGAAAUCUAUUCGAAAACACGUGAUAUUUUCUGCGAUAGGCGCUCUAUUGUGGGCAAUCGGUCUAGCCGCUUGGAUAACUAUUUAUCAAACGAAUCGUGUUGCGUGGGGAGAAUUUGCAGAUAGCAUUAGUUUCAUAAUACCACUCGGUACAGCGUAGUGAAUUUUCAUUUAUUUUUUAAUUAUAAAUACUAUGUAUAUAAAUUUUGACGCAGACAAACAUUACACUAAACAUCAGACAAUACUACAGAAUUUUAUUAGAUAAAUGUAGUGAGUAAUAAUCUUACUCUGUUUUCUCAACAUUGUGAUGUCAAAUGUUUGUGUGUGCGCGCAUCAGGUCACAUAUUUCGAAAAAAAUUGAAUAAAAAACAUUUUUUAUACACA